AUGUUAGAUAAUAAAGAUGUCCCUCAAUUGAAUACAGGGACGGGUACUAAUCGAUUCAGGUUUCAACCUUUUAGUGCUCGGGUAGAACAGAUCAAGGUCAAUGUUGUUCAUCGUUCUCGUCUGGUAGAAGAUGAAAUUGAAGAAAAUGGAUCUUUCUUUUAUGAAUCAUUACAGUCUUGGAAAGAACUGAACUUGUCCAAACAGUUUACACUCUUCUAUCGCGAAAUUCAACCUUAUGUGAAGACAUUGGCUUCAAUUAUUCACCACAAGGAAAAGAUCAUGGAUAUUAUGGAAAAAUAUAUGAUGGUUCCUAAUAGUUUGGCUCUUGACGGUUUAUUAGAUCUUGUUACGAAAUUGGCUAAAGAUCUCGAAGGUGAAUUCUAUCCUUAUUAUACCAGAAUGCUCAAGUGUAUGUUACCUUUGGUAUAUCAUCAAGAUAUCAAACUUUUGGAGUGCUUAUUCAACAGUAUUGCAUAUCUUUUCAAGUUCCUUUCUCGUCAAAUCUUACCUGACAUAUGCGAUACUUUCGACUUAUUAUCUAAAUUACUUGGUGAAGAUAUUACAACCAAACCAUACAUUCGUCACUUUUCUGCCGAAGCAUUUGCCUUUUUGAUGAAGAAAGUACGUGGACAAGCUUUGACUGAUUUAAUACAACAUAUUUUGGAUUCUUUGAAACGAGAACCUUCUAAUCAAUAUACUGAAGGAUUAGCUAUGUUAUUUUUUGAAAGCAUGAAGCAAGUGGACAAUCGUCUUCAUUCUCGCGCUGUAUCCAUUUAUUCAGAAUUGUUUACUCAAGUUUGCACUACAACUGGACCUAUAGAUGAACUUGAAUCUGACAUGAACUUUCAAUUAUUCAACAAAACAACUUUACUAUUACUCCAUCAUACUUAUCGACAACAUUUUACUCCCAUUAUUGAUAUCAUCCUCAAAGAUAUUGAUUUACAAUUACAAGAAAAGAAAUCUGACGAAAAGCACUUACUCAUCGAUAUGUCAACCUUAGCCAUAAUGGUUACAGUUAGAAAAGCUAGUCGUAUUGAUGACUUCAAACCCAUUCUUAGUCGUGUACAGCAAGUCGCCAAACUAGUAUUUACUUCCACUCGACGAGUAUUCACAUACGACUUGUACAAAGAGACACUACGUACAGUAACUGGAAUCUUAUGCUUUGGCAACUUGGAUGUAGUUGUGGGUGGUGGUCGUCUUAUUCUGGAAUCUGUUACCUCUUUCCAAGACCCUAAUGUUGUUUAUGGAUUCUUUGUUGGAUUGUCACAAUUAGAAUGGCCAAAUUAUACUCAAGUCACUUUACCAUAUAUCACCAAAUAUGUAUCACAACAGUUUAUUCGUUAUCCUGAACAAUCUAUACUAUUCCUCUCUGAACUUAUGUCUACUGGUUCUCUUUCUGUCCCUCCUGGUACUCUGACGUCUGCUGUUAAUGCUGAUGGUCUUCUUCGAUUCCCACAAACGAGAAAUAAUACAUCUUUGGUACAAGAACUCCUUAAGAUAUUGAAUACUCCAUAUGAUUGGAAGAAAGAACAAGAUAUAUUGAAUAACACUGAAAUUGAAACGAUCCAUAUUACUCCAGUCUCGAGUAUUGCUAUUUCUUCUUCUAUUUUGACGAUUUUACCUAUCUUGGACAUAUCGGAUGAUCUACCUUUUGAAUCUGUUUCCUCUUUCUUUGACUCAUUAUCGAAUUAUUUAUCAAAUUCUGACAAAUCUGAUGUGGUGACAACCAGCUUCAUUAUGGGUCAUGAAACUUUUGUUUUGGAAUCUUUACUUGGUAUCACUGUUCAAACCCUAGUGGCCCUUGUGAAGAAGAAACAAUCAACAUACUUGAAAAAACUAUACAAUAAUCACAACAUUUUGACUGGAUUACUUGAAAAGCAUGGACAAAAUGAAUCUAUUCUCAAAGGUGUAUAUGGGUACUUAAAUCUUUUACAUUCAAGUGCCUUCAAGAACGAUCAUUUUGAUUUACAACAUUUAGAACAACUUUAUCCACUUUUGAAAUCCAAUCUACGAUCUUAUCUACCUAACUGUCGUCUUUACACCAUGAAGAUAUUGGCUCUUUUCGAUCAACCAUUGAUGAAGAAGGAUUUGGAUCAUCGAAGGGAUGAAAGAUGUGAACUUGUGGAAGUGGCUUUAAAUAUGGAAGAAAUUGCUCCAACUAUGAACGAUUUCCGUGAUAAAUUGAUCCUUAUUCAAAAACUCAAUCUGAUUUCCUCAACAAAUCGUGUUCCGGAUUUAUACACUGACUUUGUUCCCUUGGUAGCUCUCGGUAUAUUAACAAUCAACUUCAAGCCAUUAUGGGAAGAUGCAUGCAAGGCUCUCAAAACUUUUGCUACUACCAACCGAGAACUUUAUUGGACAUUAUGCUUUAAUGAAAUUGCCAAAUUUGAAGAUGAACGACUCCUUGUAUGUGAUACUUUUGCUUCUGCUGUUGUUGAGAAAGCUAUGUCUCCAAUCACUAUUCAAACUGGUCAAGCAACGAAGACUGGAAAUAUCUCUUUUGAAUGUCCUUCCUUUACAAAGUAUACGGCUAUUCAAGAUCACGCAAUGACGAUAUUGGGUGAUCAAUUCUCAGUCAACGGAGCAUUACUCUUUGUCAAAACUUGUGGAUUGGAAAACCCUCAUAUGGACUUCUGGCAUUAUUACAAUAUGAUUCUCAAAACGUUGAUGGAAACUCCUGCAAUUGUUGAGCAGCGCGCUCGUCACUUGAUUCCACUGUUCUUCAAGUUUUUACAAGACGAAUUCGAUACUGUAGCUGAUGAUGAUAUGAUAGAUAAUGAUACUACUGUAGAUGAUGAAACGCAACAACGCAAGAUUGGUUUGAUUCCUCGAUCUUCUCGUAACAUCAAAAACAAGAUGAGUUCUUGGCUAAAGUUAUUCUCCUGUUUUACAAAUAUUCGUGGUGCAUACAAGUCUCAGGAUCUCUAUGUUGUCAUUCUUCGUUUGAUUGCCAAAGGUGAUAAUCGUUUACAAACCUCAGCUUUGGAAGCCUUGUUUGCAUGGAAAGACAAGAAUAUCAAGCCUUAUCAAGACAAUCUUCGCAACUUGCUGGAUGAUAUCAAAUUCCGGGACGAAUUAUCAACUUUCAUUCAAAACAGUGAACAAAAUUUGAUUGAUCCUGUUCAUCGUGAAGAACUCAUGCCGAUUGUGAUGCGUAUACUUUAUGGUCGAUUAGUGGAACGUCAAUCCAAAGGUAGUAGACAUUUGAAGAAAUUGCGACGCAAGGCUAUUCUCAGUGCUGUAUCUUGUUGUGAACAGAAGGAAAUGAAAACAUUUAUUGAUUUGGCUUUGGAAUCGACACAAGCUCUUUUGGAUGUUCCUGGAGAAACUUAUGAUGAAGAAGGACAUAUUACUUCAUUUGAAUUUGUUGCUCAAGGCUCUGAAAUCAUCCGACGUAUUCGUUGGCGUCAACAAUUAGGUUUGGUCAAUGUAUUGGAAGAUAUGAUAAAACAACUUGGAUCCGACUUGUUACCAUUUAUGCCAAAUAUUCUUAAGGUUGUAUUAUAUAUUUUACAUUCUGCCCAGAACAAUGACAAAAUGGACUUGGAUAUUACUCAAGAAGAAGGAUUAACUCGUAUUAGCAAUCGAUCAAAACAAGUACGAACGACAACCUUACGACGUCUCACAGAAAUCUUCAUGAUUAAAGGUGGAUUCGACUUUAUACCAUAUAUGACUGCCAUGUUUUCCUCUUUCAUCUCGCCUCGAUUGAUCAACUUCGCUAGCGAAAAUUCUCAACAAGUGUCAAGUCUUUUGAAGAUGUUUGCCGUUUGGUCCGAAAACCCAUCCUAUGUACCUUUCUUGAUAGAUUAUGAUUCUUCCCUUUUACCUCAACUUUACGCCCUUUUGUCAGAACGCAAGAUCAAUGAAAAAGUUCUCAGCACAACGUUGGAUAUUUUAGAAUGUUUAUUGGAUUAUUGUGAAGACGAUAAGAUGACCAACAAAAAUGGUAUGGAAAUCGAUUUGGAUUACUUCAAGGAAAAUCUUAUUGUGAAACACGUGGAUAUUUUAUUGAACCAUAUGAAAUACCGAUUGACUCAAUCCAAGGAUGACAAACGAUUUGGUAGUGGACGAUAUUCUGUACGGGAAAUUGCCAUUGUUGCUCGUAUUGCACCAUAUACCAAGGAUGGAACUCAUACUGAAAGAAUUUUGGAAAUAUUGAUCCCUAAUUUGAAGAAACCGACUAGAUUGAUUCCUGAAAUGACCAAGCGCAAUAUUCUCACCAUUUGGUCCAACUUUAUGCCUGUUGUUCCUGGAUUUGAACGUGGAUCUCAAACUUAUUACAAUUAUUACAAGUUGGCCUCUGAUAUGUUCUCGGUGAUCAAACCUCGUGAAAGUAGAUCCGUCUUGAUUUCUCUUUUCCAACGAUUUGUUGAUGUCAACCCUGAAUUGACUCAAGUUGGCAGCUUACUUCAAGAUCUCAAUUCUGUCUCAAGAAAGCGAAUCGAUGAACCUGAUUAUGAUCGUAUAUUGGAUGCUCUUGGCACUAUUGGUGAAGACUUGUAUUCAACUUUGGAUCAUCAUCAAUGGCUUCCUAUCCUCAAUCAAAUGUUUUACAGUAUGCAAGAUGUAGAAGAAAUUGCUGUUCGUGGAACGGCUACUCAUUGUGUAUCUCGCUUCCUGAAAGCUGCCAAGGAACAAGAGGAUGCUGUCGAAAAAGAAAAGCUUAUGGAGUAUGUAACUCAUUUGAUUUAUCCCAAUAUCAAACGUGGUUUAUUGAAUCGUAUUGAAAUCAUUCGUAUGGAAUUUGUUGGAUUAUUGAAUACUGGUAUCAAGAUCUUCCCUGAAUUACCUAUAUUUGCUCCUUUGGUACCCUUACUUGGUAGUGAAAAUGAUGAAACCAACUUUUUCGAUAAUAUUUAUCAUAUUCAACUUCAUCGACGUAUGCGAUCUAUGGCACGUUUAUCUGAAUUUGCAAAUCAAGGUCAACUAACUGUCCCUGCUAUUGUCAAUGUAUUCAUUCCUUUGGUGUCUGGUUUUAUUUAUGAAAGUGAUCGAAAAGUGGACCACAAUUUGAUUCAUCAAGCUUCUACAACGAUUGGUGCUCUUGCAAAAUGCCUUCCUUGGAGACAUUAUUAUCAACUUCUUUCACGUUAUUUGACUAUGGUUUCACGACAAGAAGAUAUGGAAAAGAUCUACAUACGAUUGACGACCAAUGUAUUAGAAGCCUUCCAUUUCGACAUUUCUCAUGUUGAAAUCAGUGAUGAGACAGCAGCGAAGAUCAUGGGAAAACAAAAAGUGAGGAUCGAUUAUCUCAGCCAUCGAGAAAUUGUCAGCAACGCCAAGGAUCAACAAGCUCAAAACAAUGAAAAGAAGGAUGAUGAAACACAGAAGGAUAUUGCGGCUGAUCUUGAUAAGGAAGCUACCGAAACAACAACAUCAAGUGAUACAUUAUCAUCAGAACAAGCUCAAAAGAUUCACGACAUUUUAAUUACCAAGGUACUACCAGAAUUGAAUUCAUUCAUUUCGAAAAACAAAAGCCGUAAAUCUGUGAUCUCUCGUAUGCCUGUUGCUCUUGGAAUUGUCAAAUUACUACGCCAACUUCCGGAAAAAUCUCUACGUCUCAAUCUUCCUGGUCUUUUGACAAUUGUAUGUCAAACUAUUCGUAGUCGUGCUCAAGAUGUGCGUGAUGUUACUGGGGAUACAUUGUUGAAGAUUAAUGAAUUCUUGGGUACAGAUUACUUCAAAUUUAUCAUCAAAGAACUCCAAGGUGCUUUGGUUCGUGGUUAUGAACUCCAUGUACUUGGUUACACAGUCAAUUCUCUUUUGCACGAUAUGGCACCUCGUAUGAAUAUUGGUGAUUUGGAUUACUGUUUGGAAGACAUUAUACAGGUAUUGAUUAGUGAUAUCUUUGGGAAGACUGGACAAGAAAAAGAUACUGAAGAAAUGGUUGCCAAGACCAAAGAAGGAAAAAGUCGAAGAAGUCCCGCUGCAUUUGAACUCCUUGCCAAAUUGAUCAAGUUCUCCAACGUUGGUAUCAUGUUAAUGCCAUUGAAGGAAGUGAUGACAAACACCCAAAGUUUGAAGAUCUUACAAAAAGUAGAUGAUGUACUUAAACGAACUGCAAAUGGAUUGGUACAUAACCCUGGAUUUGAAUCGACUGAAUUACUGGAUUUUGCUAAUGAUUUGAUCUCUGAAAAUGUGGAUGUAUACAAGGCUGAAAAGAAGGUCAAGAAAGUGAAGACUCAACAAGAAUUGAACUUUGAAGUGCAAACAAAACGUGUGGUGACGGAACCAGUGGAUUAUCUUCAUGUCAACUCUCAUCGAUUUGUGUACUUUGGAUUAUCUAUACUUCAUACAGCUUUGAAACGCAACAAAUUCGAUCUCAAUGAUGAUGCCUAUUCUACACGAUUAGAUAAAUUGUUAAUGACGGUGGGUAAUAUUUUAUUCUCGACACAAUCAGCAAAUAUCACCUUAGCAGCCAAGGAUCUCUGUAUUUUAUUCCGAUUACCACUUCCUUCAACAAACGAUGCAGUACCUGUUGCAAUCAAACGUAUUUUCCAAAUUCUGAAAAAAUCACCGAACACCAAUAGCUCAAUGAUCCAAUCAUCAUUCAAGUUACUGACUGUCUGUAUCUCUUUCAAGAAAUCCAAUUUAACCGAACAUCAAUUGACAUAUCUCAUCAACAUCAUCCGACCUGAUCUUGAAGAACCGACACGACAAGGUACUGCUUUUGGCUUGGUACGUAGUAUUAUCUCUCGCAAAUUCUUAGCACCUGAAAUGUACGAUUUGAUGGACACAGUGGCCAAUAUUGCAGUGACGAAUCAAACGCCUGAAUUACGGGAACAAGCACGUUCGAUUUACUUUAUGUUUAUGAUGGAUUAUCCUCAAGGUCGUGGAAGAUUAAAGAAGCAAAUGGCAUUCCUUAUCAAGAACUUGGAAUAUGUACAUGAAAGUGGUCGAGAAUCUGUGAUGGAACUGCUUCACCAUAUCAUCAACAAAUUUGGUGACGAAAUCUUGGCUGAAUUUUCUCAAUCUAUCUUGUUAGCCUUGGUGAUGCGUUUGAUCAAUGAUGAAUCCGCCAAAUGUCGUGAAAUGACUGCUGAACUCUGCAAAGCAUUGCUCUUACGGAUGGAAGAUGAUAUGGACACAGUAUAUCGACUUUUGGACAAAUGGAUGGAAAGCAAGCAAGUGACAUUACAACGUGCAGGUUGUCAAAUGUAUGGAUUAGUGAUUGAUGCCUAUGGCAAGGAAUUCAAGUUGGCACCACAAUUAAUCAAUCGAUUGGCAAUUAUGAUUCAAAAGAGUCAUGAACAAUGGAAAGAAGCUUUAGAAGAACAUGGUGAUGAAGAUACCCUGGAAGACAGUGACGAAAAUGAAGGCAUGGAUGUGGAUGUACCUUGGGAAGUAGGAUAUUAUAGUUUAAAUACUUUCACCAAGAUUACAGCAACUUUCCCAAAAUUAGUAUAUACGGACAACACAAUAUCUAUUUGGCGUGGUGUAGCAUCACUUCUUUUACAUCCUCAUGCUUGGAUUCGAUCAUCAUCAGCACGUCUAUUUGGUGUUUAUUUUGCUGGUGUAGAUCCUGUUACAAGAAAUGACUAUCUUACUCGGCAAGAACUUCGUGGGUUGGCUUAUUCAUUUGUGGAACAACUCAAAAGUACAUAUCUUUCAGAAGAACAGGCGAAUCAAUUGGUGAAAAAUUUAUUCUUUAUUGGACGAUGUUUAUACUAUUUGCCUGUAUCAGAAGAUAUUGAAACUAUUGGUGACAAUGAAGAUAAUGAUGAAGAUAAGAAAGAUAGUGCAGAAGAUGACGCUACUUCAACAAUAUUAUUAGCGGAACAAAAUAUUUCUGUGAAUCAAGAAUUAGUACAUCCUUCAUUAUUAUGGUUACUUCACAAGGCUUCUUAUACUGCUAGAGGCGCUGGUCGAAAUCAAGGCAAAAAUCUUUUAUUGGUAAGUAAUGAUGGGUAUGAAGGAUAG